CAACCCCCAACCACAGAAGUCAAUCCAUAUAAACCAACCGUAUCACUUUCAUAUCCUUCCCACAAGCACAAAAGCCUCAAAUUUUCUUUCCCAAUGGCAAGUGUAACAUCUUCUGCUGUUACCAUCCCAUCAUACACUGGCCUUCAGGCGGUUGCAUCAACCGCCUCUAAGGCCAAUAGUGUAAAGGUGGCAGCCGCCCCCUCAAAGCUUUCAAUGAGAGCCUCAUUAAAAGAUAUUGCAGUGACGGCUGUUGCCAUUUCAGCCAGCGCGUUACUUGCAAGUAACGCGCUGGCUUUUGAAGUCUUGCUUGGCGACGAUAGUGGUGGCUUGGCUUUUGUGCCAUCUUCCUUUAGUGUUGCAGCAGGCGAAACGAUUGAGUUUAAAAACAACAUUGGCUUCCCACACAAUGUUGUUUUUGAUGAAGAUGAAAUCCCAUCUGGUGUUGAUGCAGCCAAGAUAUCAAUGGAGGAGGAUGAAUAUUUGAAUGCAAGUGGUGAAGUUUAUGCAGUGAAAUUAAGUGAGAAAGGGACUUACAAAUUUUACUGUUCACCACACAAAGGUGCUGGUAUGGCUGGCACCGUUACCGUAGAAUAAGUUUAUCUUGGUUGCUUAAAUUUUUAUCAUUUCGAAUAAACUUUGAAAAAAAAGCUUGUUAUGUAAAGAGUUGAAUGGAAUCCAACUUUAUACUUUAA